AUGGGAGGUGAGAGUUGGAACGAUGAAGAUAAAGCCAUUGUUGCCGCUGUUUUAGGGUCUAGAGCGUUUGAUUACUUGAUUUCAAGCUCUGUUUCUAAUGAAUGCUCAUUAACUUCGUUAGCAAAUGACGAGAAUCUGCAACACAAGCUCUCAGAUCUUGUAGACCGACCAAAUUCUGGUAAUUUUAGUUGGAAUUACGCAAUAUUUUGGCAAAUCUCGAGGUCGAAAACAGGGGAUUUGGUUCUUGGAUGGGGGGAUGGAUCUUGUAGAGAGCCUAAAGAAGGAGAAGAAUUUGAAAUCGCUCGAAUUCUGAGUUUCCGAUUGGAAGAUGAUAAUCAACAGAGGAUUAGGAAAAAAGUUCUUCAGAAAAUUCAUGUUCUGUUCGGUGGUUUAGAUGAAGAUAGUUAUGCUUUUGGAUUGGAUAGGGUUACUGAUACUGAAAUGUUCUUCUUAAUCUCCAUGUAUUUCUCGUUUCGAAAAGGUGAAGGAGGGCCCGGCAGAUGUUUCUCUUCCGGCCACCCCGUCUGGAUCUCCGACGCAUUAAAUUCAACUUCCGAUUACUGCUUUCGAUCUCAUCUUGCUAAAUCUGCCGGCAUUCAAACCGUCGUUUUGGUUCCGACUGACGUCGGCGUUGUCGAGGUUGGAUCCAUUCGUUCGAUACCGGAAAACCCCAAGCUUUUACAAUCAAUCCGAUCUUCGUUUUCCGUCGCUUCAGUAGCCACACCACUUCCAGUCAACAAACGACCCACCACCAAUGCCUCCGAUCGACCCGUCAGGGUUUCCAAAAUUUUCGGACAUGAUCUCAGUUCAACUUUAAAUCAGCCACAAUUCCGGGAAAAGCUCGCCGUUAGGAAGCCGGAGGAAACGCGGCUUCCGUUUUCAAAUUGGGCGCAGUUCAACAACACUCCUCAAAAGCCAACACCACAGUUACAAAUCGAUUUCUCCGGCAUUACAUCUCCACCGGUUAGCCGGGAGUCGAAAAUCUCCGACGAAGCUCCGGCGAGAGACGAAAGAGAAGCCAUAACCACCAUUCUGGACGAAAAACGUCCUAGAAAACGUGGCCGGAAACCCGCUAACGGAAGAGAAGAACCAUUGAAUCACGUGGAAGCGGAAAGACAGAGGAGAGAGAAACUGAACCAGAGAUUUUACGCUUUACGAGCAGUGGUGCCCAACAUUUCAAAAAUGGACAAAGCUUCAUUAUUAGGCGACGCAAUCACAUACAUAACUGAUCUUCAAAAAAAGGUGAAAGAGAUGGAAUCCGAACGACAAUCAGGAUCUCGUUUAGAGAAAAUCGAAGUUCAAGCAGCUCUAGAUGAAGUAAUCGUAAAGGUAACCUCCCCUUUAGAAACCCACCCUAUAUCUAAAGUCAUUCAAACCUUCGAAGAAUCAAAGAUCAAAAUCAUGGAAUCCAAGAUGACUGCAAGAAACGACAUGGUCUUCCAUACCUUCGUUGUCAAAUCUCAAGGCCCUGAACAAUCAACCAAAGAGAAGUUGAUCUCUGCGUUUUCAAGAGAAACAAACUCGUCUUUACAUCCAUCUCCAUGA